CAUCCUGGGUGAUCGUUCGUUCACGAAAAUAAUUCCUGUAAAUACGGCUCACCACCGACCAAAGGUGGUGAUGAGAAGAAAGUAUUCGCAGUAAUGGCGUCGGCAUUGGAGCAGUUUGUAAAUAAUGUGCAGACACUUUCGAAACAAGGUAAUUUUCGAGAGCUAUGUGAAAUAAUGAUUAAAAAUGUAGAUGUUUUAAUGGAAAAUGGACAGCACCUAGAUAAUGUUCUGGAAACGUUAGAUCUACAACAACAUUCAUUAGGUAUUUUGGUAGUGUUGUGUGUAAAGUUCUCAGUGCCUAAUCCUAAUGGUGUAAACACUGCUGAUGCUUAUAAACCAUUAUUUGAUCAGAUUCAGGAAUUUAUCAUUGGUUGUAAUGGAGAACAAGUUAGAUUUGCUCCUGAUACAUAUGCAGAACUAUGUCAUCUGUUUACUGCAAAAUUAGUUCACUUGGAAAUACCUUUGCGUGGUAUUGAUUUAUUAUGCCGUGCAAUACGUAAGAUACAAUUGUUUGAUAGCCAGCUAACUUCGAUACAUGCUGACCUAUGCCAACUAUGUCUUCUAUCCAAAUGUUUCAAACCAGCACUAGAGUUUCUUGAUAUAGACAUCACCGGUAUUGGUCAAGAAGGAGGACAGUUCAAUUCUGAACAUUUUUUGCUUUACUAUUAUUAUGGUGGAAUAAUAUAUACAGCACUGAAAAAUUAUAACAGAGCCUUAUACUUUUUCGAGGUGUGCGUAACAACACCUGCCAUGGCAGUUAGUUACAUUAUGUUAGAGGCUUACAAGAAGUACAUUCUGGUCUCUUUAAUAAUGCAUGGGAAAGUCUUAAACUUACCUAGGUACACAAGUCAAGUGGUUAAUAGGUAUGUGAAACCACUAAGUCAGCAGUACCAAGAGUUGGCCACAGCUUAUCAGAUGAACAGCUGUGAAGAAGUUCAAAAAAUUAUUAACAAAUAUCAACACCUUUUUACAAGAGAUCAUAAUAUGGGACUUGUGAAACAAGUACUCAGUUUUUUGUACAAAAAGAAUAUACAAAGGUUGACGAAGACCUUUUUGACACUUAGUUUAAGUGAUGUGGCAAGCAGAGUUCAGCUAUCAGGGCCUACUGAUGCAGAAAAGUACAUCUUGAACAUGAUCGAGGAUGGUGAGAUUUUUGCAACAAUCAAUCAAAAGGAUGGAAUGGUAGUGUUUCAUGAUGAUCCAGAAAAGUACAAUUCGCCACAAAUGCUGGUAAAGUUAGAGAAGGAAAUGGCAGCAUGUAUGGAGUUAGAUAAGCGAGUACUUGAAAUGGAAGAAGAAGUUGUCCUCACACCACAAUAUGUUCGAAAAGCCUGUGGGCAAAAUGAACAAGAUGAUCAGACAGCUGGACCUGCACCAACAAAUGUGACAAAUGUGCAAGGUCAAUCCAAACAUAACGCCUAUUCUAUGUAACAUAUGCGCGUCAUUGUGCGUUAUCUUUAUUAAAAAACGGAAAACAAAUGAAAAUAUCUUGUUGAAAAUCAAGAGUCGAACGUUUAGAAGCCUGUUUUCGAUGAUUAUGUACACCGAAAAAUACGAUGAAAAUCAGUUAGUAUUGAAACUGAGGAAAA